AUGGAUGAACAAACUUUUCCUUUCAUAGAAGAAAAUUUAUCAUCAGAAAUAGAUAGAAAUAAUUUACUAAAACUACUUAACCCCACUACUAAUUUCGAUGAAGAUGGUAGUCUUAGUGCUAAAAUCGCAGUUUCUACAGCUAGGAAAAACAAGGAUGAAUAUAAAAUAUUUAUUUAUGCUCGAGAAAGAGAAGAUGUUUAUUUCUUGGUGACAAAAUUACAAAAUCUAGGAUUGAAUUAUGAAUUUAAGAUUAAGUAG